AUGGCACUUCGUUCGAUCCUCAUUGUUCAAAUUCUCUGCCUAGGCGCAGCCAACUCGGCUGUCGUCAAGAGGUGGCCGUCCAGCAUCUCUCCGACUGGUCCAACCGAUCCAAACGUUGCUAGCAACUGCGGCUAUUGGGUGAAUGACAUUGGAAAGAAUGACCAAUGUUCUGACCUAGAAGAGUAUUUCAACAUUUCACGGGAAGAGCUGGUGGACUGGUUCAAGAACCCUUCUCUCGGGGAGAACUGCCGACUUCAGACUGGCCAUUCCUACUGUGUUGCUGCAUCAGACAUGAUGAUGCCGUCGGCAGAUUCUGCCAGAGAACCGAGUCGUAUGGACCUCGCAAGUCCAGCCGAGGUUGGCGAUCUGCCCUCUCCCACACAGGGCGGCUUGGCUGCCAACUGCAAUGCUUUCUACAAAGUGAAGAAGGGUGACAGUUGCUGGUCCAUCAUAAACAAUUUCGGUAAUUUUUCGAUCUACCAAUUCUACGGCUGGAACCCGUCGGUUGGCCACUCUUGCGAGCGCCUAUACCCCGACUACUACGUAUGCAUCGGCGUUCAGAAAGAGGAACCCCCAGUGGCUACGCCCACCAACGUCCCUGGCCCGGUGCUGACGGGUACUCCAGCAAAUUGCAAUAAGUAUCACAAGGUGGCGCCGGGUGACAACUGCUGGGCCCUUGCAAAUCAAUAUGGAAUAUCUUUGGAACAAUUCUACCAGUGGAACCCCGCUGUAAAGCCGACAUCAUGCCAAUCUCUGUUGCCAGAUUACUACGUCUGCGUCGGUGUCGCUGAACCCCCUGCCCCCAAACCGACACAAGAACCGCCGCAACCCCCAUCUCAAGGCCAGCCAAUGCCACAUCCAAUUCUUUCCAGGCUGCUUAGAAUGCUGCUCUAG